UCGUAAGUCAGACCCGAACCGGUACUGAAGAGAGAGAAGAAAAAAAAACCGACCGCCCCGCACGACCCUGCCUCGUCGAUCUCAUCUCCACCUCCAUCCCCAAACGACGGCGAUGAUCGAGGGCGCCGCCCCAGCUCCUGGCUGACGGAUUCGCCGGCUCCCCGCUCCUUGGGGCCAGCCCCUCCCACAGCGAUGAUGGAGGGCGCCGCCCAGUUCCCGGCCGAGAUACGCCGGCUCCCCUCUUCUCGGGGCCAGCCCCUCCCCCGUGCCGGGUCGAGCCUCGGCUUGGAGGCCCUUGGGGCUGCCGUCGGUGCGGGAGUCCCGCGCGGCCAUGCGGGCUGGGGACCGAGCGGCGGGCCGGCCACCUGUGCCCUGUCCGCCCUGCUGCUGAGCCAUCCUUGUACCGUUGCACACAUCUUCGCACCACGCGGCCAGCCUCUGGUGCGCACCUCUGCUUUUACUAGCCGCGAACCACGAGCAUCACCUGUUUGGUGUUGCGCCUACGAGCGUGUUGGAGAAAUCUGUGUCCAGAGGGUGGCGAAGAUUGAUGCGGAGAGGAAGACGAUGGCGACAGAGAGCAUCACCAGACUGCGUUGUAUGGAGCGGAACAGAACCAACUGGUCUGCAUCUCCUUCAAUGGCACCCUGCAUCUCUAUCAAUAGCACUCUGCAGCAAGCUUGCUUUCUCUACAUCUACCAUCAACUACCAUGCAGCAAGUUCAGUUUGAUGUUAAGAGGAGGCGUUACAGGUAUUUUUUAGGGCACCCCAUGUUAGUCAAUGGAUUUUGUUUAUGUUUCUGGUGGAGAUGAUUCGGGUGAAGUAAUGUUUGUUUCUUAUGAAUAAACUAAGCGAUGAAUUUAAGAUUACUUGCCUGGUAUAUCUAAUUGUAAUGUGUAUCAUGCUCAAGCAAAGGUAUGAUGACUGACUACUGAUAUUUCCUAAUACAUUUGUAUUUUUUGUUUUACUAACUUUCAGAUUUUUCAAAAUCAUGAUUAUUACAUAGUGUGUAUAAUCUUUUCUUGCUAGCUCUGUACUACGAUUUUGAGGAAUCUGCCAAUGCAAAAAUAAGAUAGUUGUAUGUAGUACUCCAUCCGUCCGGAAAUACUUGUCAUCAAAAUGGAUAAAAGGAGAUGUAUUAGACGUAUUUUAAUUCUAGAUACAUUCCUUUUUGUCCAUUUUGAUGACAAGUAUUUCCGGACGGAGGGAGUAGUUAUGUUAUACAGGUUCUGUUUGAUGUGUUUCGGAAGGGAGAGAUCGAUGAUUUUGGAAUAUAAAGCUUCAUAUGAUUUUUUUCCUCCAAGGUAACCAUGGGAUCCAUAUUUUUUUAGGUUUGUCUCUAAUAUUAUGUAUGCUCUUCCCAUUGAAGUUUCAAUACUUGGGUUUUAGAGCUGCACUUAUAGACUUCAAUUGGUUUGUACUAUAUAUAAUUAUAAAUCAUGUAAUUAUUUUAUUUGCUUCCCGUUCGUUUCAUGUAUUUUCCCUUUUGUUUUUACUAUGACAAGCUCACAAAGAGUGUGUAUUGAAAGGGAAAGUAAUUUGGUAUGUGAGGCCGUUUGAAUGCACCUGUUUCUUGCUGUUGUAUGUUGUAUUGUACCUGUUUCUUAGAUGAAAAUAAGAUUGGCGACAUAUAUAUAUAUAUUCUGCUGAACAUGCAUCCCUCUGGCAGCAUUUUAGAAAUAUAAAUAUGUUCAGUUGUUAUCUUAUCAAGUUAACCCCUUGUAAGUAUAAAUUGUGGAGGAUAGCUCAUUGUUCAACGUCGAAAGAUAGGUCCUAUAGUUAGGCUCAACCUGAACAAUAAUAUAUCUAGCAUUAGUAGAAACAAACUAAAAAAGUGAUACAAAUUUAUUUCAAUUCAUAUUUUCUACAUUUCUUUCGGAUGUUUGAUGAUAUAUCUGAACUUAUCCAUAAACCUACCUUUGAUGUUAGGCUCAAUUAUUCCUAAAUUUGGUGUUGACUAUCCCACGAUUUCAAGCUGACUAUCCCACGAGACAAUUUCUCGACCCAGCCAACAAUGGUUCAUAGAAUUUGGGUGUAUUCUCCCGUUGCAACGCACGGGCACCUUUACUAUAUGUCGAGUUAUGGUUUCAUGAUAAACGGAGCACGCACCAAAUUUUGAUGAAUUGCUUGAAGAAAAUGCAUCGGGUCUUUUCUUGCGUCCUUCAAGUCUUCAACCAGGAUACAUUUCUAGAGCUAAAAUUUCAGGGCAUCAAGAAGUAAUUAACUAUGCUUCAAGUAAGGAAGUUAUUUGGUAUAACUAUUUUGAGGACUAAAUUACUAGCUUAAUGUUUAGAAGUUACGAAAAGGUGCUAUAGCACCCGGGAGUCCCGGCACCCCCUUGUCUUAGUCCGUUCAGCAAUUUUAAUAUUCGUGACGUGGCCUAGCCAGCAGCUGGCCUUGUGUGGUGUCAGGUUGAUUAACUAGGCAAUUUGCCGAGACAAGAGGGCCCGUCCUAGUGUGUAGCAGGCAGAGUAGGCCUGCAGGAGAGAUUCCGACCCGUGAGGGGAACAGUGGUCGGUAACUUUUUUUUUCAAUGGAGUAGCACAGCUUUUACUUUUGAGGGAGAGGAGGCUGCAUGUGACUUCAGAUGUUAAGAGAGACAAAAAUAAAAGAGUUUACCGAUGUGUGACUGUGAGAAAUGAGAGUGAUAUUUUUUUAGUAUAGAUGACAAAGAGAAGGUGUGAAAGAACUUGUUCAGCGUAAUUGCUUAUGUCUGACAUAAGUUGGAGAGAGUGGGUGAGCAGGAAAAACUUUGUGAGAGCGACACUGUGCAUGCAUGCAUGUGAUGUGACUAUGUGAAAAAAACUUUAUAUCAGGCUAAAUAAUGUGAGAGUAUGACAGGAAGGAUAGAGAUGUGCAGGGCAGCAACAGGUUCACGUGCGAGCUCUGUAAAAGGUGUCACCUCGACGUCUCUCUGCGCUUAAUGAGGCAUCUGAACUGCUAAUAGAUUUCUUGGCUACAAUGAAGCGCACAAAUCUCAAUGCACCAUAUUCUGAAUGUAUGGUAGGGAUAAGGGGGUGUCUAGGCACCCGGGAUCUAAAAUCCCACUCUCUUAGAAGUUAUGUGGCAUGUGCGUACACGAAGACCUGAUGCAUCAAAGCUCGGUGUGGACACACCUCUUCUUACAGGAGAGGUUUGUCUACAAAUUAUCCGAGCUUCAAUUUCCACAAUAAAACACAUGUUUUUAUUUAUCAUGGUUUCUUCUCUUACAUAACUAAACAUUUUACAGAUGUUGAUUUUUCAUUUCCUUCCAACGCCAUUAAAUCCCAGUCUUAUCUAAUUUGAAAUGUCUCCAGCGUGUGUGAUGUAUCCCUCCCCUCAGCUUUUGGAGGAACAUGGUGCUAUUUGGUGCUUUUGUUUGUGGAAAAAAUGUCAUUAGUCAGCCACUUUCUAAGAUGGUCACCUGACUGCUCUGUUGUCAUGGAUGUGGGAAAACCUUUGUCUAUAGUAUUUUCUUCGUACCAUCUCUAUACCGUCUAUUCAGUUUGAAAAUAUACGUGGUACUCUAAUUCUGAAGCUCUGCUUUAUGUGGGAUGUGGGGAAAGAGGAAAUGAGAUGUCUGAUGUUCAAUGGGCAAAGCCCAAAAAAUAGUGCAAAAUAAAUUACAAAUGAAAUAUAAUAUUCCAACAAAAUGUUCAUCACCAUCAAAAUGAUUCCAUCAAAAAUGUCCUCUCUCUCUCUCUCUCUCUCUCUCCGAUUUACACAUUCCAUCGGCCCUAUAUAGUACGGUUGUACUUCAAAAAUAGUACUCCAGCUUAGAGUUCAUCAUAGUUUGGCCAGACCAAAACUCUCUCUCUCCACAUAUAUAUACUGGAACUCGAUUCUGUUGAUCCUUGCAUCAUCGGCUGUGUGUUUACCAGAAGCUUGUGAUCAAGUUGAAGGGAUAUAGCUCUAGCAGCAGGGAGAGAUCGAUCGAUAAAGCAUGAGAGGGUUCGAGAGGAGAGGCGUCGGGCAGUACAACCGGUCGGACGAGCCGCGGAUGCGGUGGACGGAGGAGCUUCACCGGCAGUUCAUCGAGGCCGUGGACUGCCUCGGCGGCCAGGACGAGGCAACGCCAAAGCGAAUUCUUCAGCUGAUGGGCGCCAAGGGAGUCAGCAUAUCUCACGUCAAGAGCCAUCUCCAGAUGUACAGAUCAAGCUCUAGCAACACCAACAGCAACGGUGGUCCACCCAAUGCGUCCGUGGAUCGCCGCUGGGGUCACCGUGCCAUCGACACGUCGUGGAAUGGCCAUGGGAACGAUAUGGCGGCGGCUUCGGGCAGAAUCGACGCUUCUUCUUGCACCGUGCCUCCCCACGGCCACCGCUCGUCGCCGCCGUACCAAAUUCCGUCGAUCGAAGAGGUUCUCAAGAGCUGGGAGCAGAGUAGAGGGCGGCUGCCAUGGAACUCCAUCAUGCCAUCAGAGAAGGCGACCAGCUGGGCACGUCACGCUGACAGCAGAACACGUCAGAAGAGUCAGCAGCCGACGGCAGGAUGUGACCUGACGCUGUCGAUCGGCCGGUGCAAGGAGGAGGCCAUGGUCGUGAGCAGCGACGCCGACGUCUCGAGCACGACCACCGAAGAGUCUGCGGCCGUGCCGACGAGGGAUCGAGGAGCCGACGACCGCCACUCAGACACCGCUGGUCUGAACCUUGACCUGAACCUCGACCUCACUGUCUCAACUUCUUGGCUCUGAUGUGAUCGAUGGCCCCCUGUGUAAAUAUAUAGAGAUGCAUCUUUGUAUGUAGAGUUACUCACAUUUGUAGGUCCUCAUAUAGCUAUCACUGUACCAUAGAUCACGUAGAGUAGUGUAGUUGUAGUAAAAUUGUGAGGUUUCUUGCUAGCCAUAUGAGUUUCCUUUGACAGUACGGUUUCUACUGUUUUA